UUUGCAGACUGUACUAACGACUCCGAUCCUCCAGUGGUAACGUGUUCAAACGGAAGGACUCAUCCCUUCUUUUCCAAUUCCUUUUAUGGAUUGACUCUAAAUAAUGGAUACACUACUACAGAUGCUAAUCCUAAUCCUAGUGGGAUUAGCUAUAAUGUCACAAUUGCUAACAAAGGAGACUUAUUCCCUCCAGGAUACACACCGGUUACAUUGUAUUCAACGGAUAUUUGCAAUAAUACUGCCACUUGCCUUUUCUCUGUGUUUAAUCCACUUACCGAGCUACCAGUGGACUGUCCUGACUUGAAUCGCACUGUAAGCACUGAUCCAGGUCAGGCGACCUACAGUUUUACGCCUGAUUUUGGAGCAGACAGUGUCACCAAAUCUUCCUCUGGUUACCGAUAUCACGGAGAUGCUGUGUCGGUUAAUAUUACUCUAGGAGGAUAUCCUGUUGGAGGGAGUGUAUCAAUAGGAACACGUGAAGUUAUAGCAAUAAUCUUUGAUGAUGAAUUGGAAAAGAAAUGUACAGGAAUAUAUACCGUUGAAGAUUACUGUUUGACCGACCCCGAUCCUCCAGAGGUAACGUGUUCAAACGGAAGGACUCAUCCCUUCUUUUCCAAUUCCUUUUAUGGAUUGACUCUAAAUAAUGGAUACACUACUACAGAUGCUAAUCCUAAUCCUAGUGGGAUUAGCUAUAAUGUCACAAUUGCUAACAAAGGAGACUUAUUCCCUCCAGGAUACACACCGGUUACAUUGUAUUCAACGGAUAUUUGCAAUAAUACUGCCACUUGCCUUUUCUAUGUGUUUAAUCCACUUACCGAGCUACCAGUGGACUGUCCUGACUUAAAUCGCACUGUAAGCACUGAUCCAGGUCAGGCGAUCUACAGUUUUACGCCUGAUUUUGGAGCAGACAGUGUCACCAAAUCUUCCUCUGGUUACCGAUAUCACGGAGAUGCUGUGUCGGUUAAUAUUACUCUAGGAGGAUAUCCUGUUGGAGGGAGUGUAUCAAUAGGAACACAUGAAGUGGUAGCAACAAUCUUCGAUGAUGAAUUGGAAAAGAAAUGUACAGGAAUAUAUACUGUUGAAGACACUGAUCCUCCUAUUGUGACGUGUUCCAACGCAACACUCCCUAACGAUUCACCAAACACCUUUCAUGGAUUGACCAAUGAUAUGUAUACCUAUUAUGAUGCUAGUCCUUACCCAAAUGUAACUUAUGACGUCACAGAAGGUGCACCUCUCGCUCCUGGAUACACGGCAGUAACAAUGUUUGCUGUCGAUGAAUAUAACAACUCGGCUGAAUGCUUAUUCUACGUACAGAACACACUUACCGAGCUACCAGUGAACUGUCCGGACUUAAAUCGCACUGUACGCACUAAUCCACAUCAAGCGACUUACAAUUUUACGCCAGAUUUUGGAGCAGACAAUGUCACCAAAUCUGUUGAUGGUUACCGAUAUCACGGAGAUGCUGUGUCUGUUAAUAUUACUCUAGGAGGAUUCCCUGUUGGAGGGAGUGUAUCAAUAGGAACACAUGGAGUGAUAGCAAUAAUCUUUGAUGAUGAAUUGGAAAAGAAAUGUACAGGAAUAUAUACUGUUGAAGACACUGAUCCUCCUAUUGUGACGUGUUCCAACGCAACACUCCCUAACGAUUCACCAAACACCUUUCAUGGAUUGACCAAUGAUAUGUAUACCUAUUAUGAUGCUAGUCCGUACCCAAAUGUAACUUAUGACGUCACAGAAGGUGCACCUCUCGCUCCUGGAUACACGGCAGUAACAAUGUUUGCUGUCGAUGAAUAUAACAACUCGGCUGAAUGCUUAUUCUACGUACAGAAUACACUUACCGAGCUACCAGUGAACUGUCCGGACUUAAAUCGCACUGUACGCACUGAUCCACAUCAAGCGACUUACAAUUUUACGCCAGAUUUUGGAGCAGACAAUGUCACCAAAUCUGUUGAUGGUUACCGAUAUCACGGAGAUGCUGUGUCUGUUAAUAUUACUCUAGGAGGAUUCCCUGUUGGAGGGAGUGUAUCAAUAGGAACACAUGGAGUGAAAGCAAUAAUCUUUGAUGAUGAAUUGGAAAAGAAAUGUACAGGAAUAUAUACUGUUGAAGACACUGAUCCUCCUAUUGUGACGUGUUCCAAUGUAACACUCCCUAACGAUUCACCAAACACCUUUCAUGGAUUGACCAAUGAUAUGUAUACCUAUUAUGAUGCUAGUCCUUACCCAAAUGUAACUUAUGACGUCACAGAAGGUGCACCUCUCGCUCCUGGAUACACGGCAGUAUCAAUGUUUGCUGUCGAUGAAUAUAACAACUCGGCUGAAUGCUUAUUCUACGUACAGAAUACACUUACCGAGCUACCAGUGAACUGUCCGGACUUAAAUCGCACUGUACGCACUGGUCCACAUCAAGCGACUUACAAUUUUACGCCAGAUUUUGGAGCAGACAAUGUCACCAAAUCUGUUGAUGGUUACCGAUAUCACGGAGAUGCUGUGUCUGUUAAUAUUACUCUAGGAAGAUUCCCUGUUGGAGGGAGUGUAUCAAUAGGAACACAUGGAGUGAUAGCAAUAAUCUUUGAUGAUGAAUUGGAAAAGAAAUGUACAGGAAUAUAUACUGUUGAAGACACUGAUCCUCCUAUUGUGACGUGUUCCAACGUAACACUCCCUAACGAUUCACCAAACACCUUUCAUGGAUUGACCAAUGAUAUGUAUACCUAUUAUGAUGCUAGUCCUUACCCAAAUGUAACUUAUGACGUCACAGAAGGUGCACCUCUCGCUCCUGGAUACACGGCAGUAACGAUGUUUGCUGUCGAUGAAUACAACAACUCGGCUGAAUGCUUAUUCUACGUACAGAACACACUUACCGAGCUACCAGUGAACUGUCCGGACUUAAAUCGCACUGUACGCACUGAUCCACAUCAAGCGACUUACAAUUUUACGCCAGAUUUUGGAGCAGACAAUGUCACCAAAUCUGUUGAUGGUUACCGAUAUCACGGAGAUGCUGUGUCUGUUAAUAUUACUCUAGGAAGAUUCCCUGUUGGAGGGAGUGUAUCAAUAGGAACACAUGGAGUGAUAGCAAUAAUCUUUGAUGAUGAAUUGGAAAAGAAAUGUACAGGAAUAUAUACUGUUGAAGACACUGAUCCUCCUAUUGUGACGUGUUCCAAUGUAACACUCCCUAACGAUUCACCAAACACCUUUCAUGGAUUGACCAAUGAUAUGUAUACCUAUUAUGAUGCUAGUCCUUACCCAAAUGUAACUUAUGACGUCACAGAAGGUGCACCUCUCGCUCCUGGAUACACGGCAGUAACAAUGUUUGCUGUCGAUGAAUAUAACAACUCGGCUGAAUGCUUAUUCUACGUACAGAAUACACUUACCGAGCUACCAGUGAACUGUCCGGACUUAAAUCGCACUGUAAGCACUGAUCCACAUCAAGCGACUUACAAUUUUGCACCAGAUUUUGGAGCAGACAAUGUCACCAAAUCUGUUGAUGGUUACCGAUAUCACGGAGAUGCUGUGUCGGUUAAUACUACUCUAGGAGGAUAUCCUGUUGGAGGGAGUGUAUCAAUAGGAACACAUGAAGUGGUAGCAAUAAUCUUUGAUGAUGAAUUGGAAAAGAAAUGUACAAGAAUAUAUAUCGUUGAAGGUAAUAUAAUUUUAUCAUUACAACACCUUCUAAAUAUCAAUAAAGAUCCAUUAAUUAUUCAAGCUAAAAAGUCGUGA